GAGAGAGAGAGAGGGAGGGAGUGAGAGAAAGAGAGAGAUCGGACACCCUGAACUUGUAGAAAGAGAAGAAAGUGAAGUUAGACGCAGCUGGAGUAUUCUGAACCUGUGCAGGAGGAAACCUCAGCAGCUCACCAUGCCGGUGUUCCACACAAAGACCAUAGAGAGCAUCCUGGAGCCCGUGGCCCAGCAGAUCUCUCACCUGGUCAUCAUGCACGAGGAGGGCGAGGUGGACGGGAAGGCGAUCCCGGAUCUGUGCGCUCCGGUGGCGGCGGUGCAGGCGGCAGUCAGUAACCUGGUCCGGGUGGGGAAGGAAACUGUGCAGACUACUGAGGAUGCCGUCAUGAAAAGAGACAUGCCUCCUGCAUUCAUAAAAGUGGAGAACGCAUGCACUAAGCUGGUCCAGGCGGCUCAGAUGCUGAAGGCAGACCCGUACUCAGUCCCGGCUCGGGAUUAUCUCAUCGAUGGCUCACGUGGCAUUUUAUCAGGAACCUCCGACCUGCUGCUCACCUUUGACGAGGCUGAGGUGCGUAAAAUCAUCCGUGUGUGUAAGGGCAUUCUGGAAUAUCUGACUGUCGCUGAAGUGGUGGAGAGCAUGGAGGAUCUGAUCACCUACACCAAGAACCUGGGACCAGGAAUGACGAAGAUGGCGAAGAUGAUUGACGAGCGACAGCAGGAGCUGACUCACCAGGAGCACCGUGUCAUGCUCGUCAACUCCAUGAACACGGUGAAGGAGCUGCUGCCUGUCCUCAUCUCAGGAAUAAAGAUCUUUGUGACGACUAAGACCGCUAAGAGUGCAGGGAUGGACGAGGCAGUGAAGAACAGGAAUUUCACCAUGGAGAAGAUGAGCGCAGAGAUCAACGAGAUCAUCCGAGUGCUCCAGCUCACAUCCUGGGAUGAAGACGCCUGGGCCAGCAAGAAGGACACGGAGACCAUGAAGCGAGCUCUGGCUCUCAUCGACUCGAAAAUGGCCCAGGCGAAGAACUGGCUCAAGGACCCCAACGCACAGCCUGGAGGAAGUGGGGAACAGGCUGUGAGGCAGAUCUUGGAUGAAGCAGGGAAAGUGGGUGAACUGUGUGUAGGUAAUGAACGGAAAGAGAUUCUGGACACGGCCAAGACCCUGGGACACCUUACUGACCAAGUCGCAGACCUACGGGCCAGGGGUUCAGGAACGAGUCCCGUGGCCAUUCAGAAAGCGCAGCAGGUUGCUCAGGGGUUGGACAUGCUGUCUGGGAAAGUUGCGAACGUUGCAGACAAACUGGAGGCCAUGACCAACGCUAAACACACACUCGCCAAGAAAGCAGAGGCGGCACAGGCCUGGCUAGCUGACCCUGCCUCCGGUCCUGAGGGAGAGGAGCACGUGAAGGCAGUUCUCGCAGAGGCUCAGAACAUUGCGGCUCUGUGUGAGGAUCCACGUGAAUACGACGACAUCCUGCGCAACGUCAACGAAAUCGCCGCUCUCACCGGGAAACUCUCGCAACUACGCAAAGCGGGUAAGGGUAAUACCCCUGAGGCCCGUGCCCUGGCUAAACAGAUCGCCACAGCUCUGCAAAACCUGCAGUCGAAGACGAACCGCGCCGUAGCGAACACUCGGCCGGCGAAAGCCGCUCUUCACCUGGAGGGGAAGAUGGAGCAGGCGCAGCGCUGGAUAGAAAACCCCACCAUGGAGGACGGAGGCGUGGGGCAGGCUGCCAUCCGCGGGCUGGUUGCCGAGGGGCGUCGACUCGCCAACGUGUUACCUGGAUCCCAGAGGGCGGAGCUUAUGGGAAAGUGCGAGCAGGUGGAGCAGCUGAUGGGACAACUGGCUGAACUGAGUGCUCGGGGACACGCUGAUACACCACAAGCACACACACUCGCUCAGCAGCUCCAACACGCCCUGAAGGAUCUUAAAGAUAAAAUGCAGGAGGCCAUGACACAGGAAGUGUCUGAUAUCUUCAGCGACACCACGACUCCAAUAAAGCUUCUGGCCGUGGCUGCUACCGCUCCUCCGGGAACUCCACACCGAGAGGAGGUGUUUGAGGAGCGAGCAGCAGGUUUUGAGAGUCAUGCGGCGAGACUCGGGGCCACGGCUGAGAAAGCAGCUGCUGUGGGUACGGCCAAUCGCAGCACGGUGGAGGGAAUCCACGCUGCCGUCAAGUCAGCCAGAGAUAUCACACCUCAGGUGGUAUCUGCUGCCCGCAUCCUGCUGAAGAACCCGGGGAACCAGGCCGCCCACGAGCACUUCGAGAUGAUGAAGAACCAGUGGAUCGACAAUGUUGAGAAAAUGACCACUCUGGUGGAUGAAGCGAUAGACACUAAGUCUUUGUUGGACGCAUCAGAGGAGGCCAUUAAACAAGACCUGGAGAAGUGUCAUGUGGCCAUGACCAAUCACCAGCCUCAGAUGCUGGUUGCCGGGGCGACGAGCAUCGCCCGCAGGGCCAACCGUAUCGUGCUAGUGGCGAAGCGGGAAGUGGAAAACUCUGAGGAGCCCAAGUUCAGAGAGACGCUGCGGGAGGCGGCCAAUGAGCUGAGCGCUUCCAUAUCACCCAUGGUGAUGGGAGCCAAGAGUGUGGCCAAUAACAUACAGGACCCAAAUCUACAGAAAUGCUUCAUGGACUCUGGUUACAGGAUUCUGGAGUCAGUAGCUAAAGUGCGCGACGCCUUUCAGCCCCAGGAGCCUGAUUUCCCUCCUCCUCCUCCUCCAGACCUCCAGCAGCUCAGCAUUAAUGAUGAAGGUGCCCCCCCAAAGCCCCCCCUGCCUGAGGGUGAAGUCCCGCCCCCAAGGCCCCCGCCCCCUGAGGAGAAAGACGAAGAGUUUCCUGAGCAGAGAGCCGGAGAGAUGGUCAGCGAGCCCAUGAUGGUGGCGGCACGGCAGCUCCAUGACGAGGCGCGCAAGUGGUCCAGCAAGGGUAAUGACAUCAUCGGCGCGGCGAAGCGUAUGGCCCUGCUGAUGGCGGAAAUGUCACGACUGGUGCGAGGAGGAAGCGGAAACAAGCGUGCGCUCAUCCAGUGUGCCAAAGAUAUCGCUAAGGCUUCAGACGAGGUCACGCGGCUUGCUAAGGAGGUCGCUAAGCAGUGCACAGAUAAACGCAUCCGAACCAACCUGCUGCAGGUGUGUGAGCGUAUCCCCACCAUCAGCACUCAGCUGAAGAUUCUCUCCACAGUCAAGGCCACCAUGUUGGGACGUACCAACAUCAGCGAAGAGGAGUCUGAGCAGGCAACAGAGAUGUUGGUCCACAAUGCUCAGAAUCUGAUGCAGUCAGUGAAGGAGACGGUGCGCGAGGCCGAGGCGGCGUCCAUCAAGAUCCGCACUGACGCUGGCUUUACACUGCACUGGGUCCGAAAGACCCCCUGGUACCAGUGAGGAGGAGGGACCACACACACACACACACACACACAGACACACACACACACACACACACACUACAGGUUUUAGAUCAAUUUCCAAUUAUAUAUAUAUUUCUGUCUGUGCACGUAAAAGGUGCGCUCACGUGUGCAUGUUCG